AUGCGCGGUAAAGAGAUCUCGGGUAGUACCCACUUCUUGCUGUGGAAGAAGGCGAGAGAUCAGGCACGGGUCCAGCCUUUCCUGCCAACGUGGUUAGCUGAGCCAAGCCACGUCAGAAAGAAUGUCACCGAAGAUUUGGUUCCUCUUGAGGACAUCCCUGAGGUUCACCCUGACCUGCAGAAGCAGCUGCGGGCACACGGCAUCUCGUCCUACUUUCCAGUCCAGGCGGCUGUGAUUCCCGUCCUCCUGGAGAGCACAGCCAGUGGGUUUCUGGUGGGCAGAGGCGGCUCCCAGCCCAGUGACCUUUGUGUUUCCGCCCCAACGGGCAGUGGGAAGACUCUGGCUUUUGUCAUCCCUGUGGUGCAGGCCCUGCUGCAGAGAGUUGUGUGCCACAUUCGCGCCCUGGUCGUGCUGCCCACCAAGGAGCUGGCCCAGCAGGUGAGCAAAGUGUUCAGUAUCUAUACGGACACCACUCCUUUGCGAGUCGCCCUGGUUACUGGGCAGAAGCCAUUGGCCAAGGAGCAGGAAAGCCUCGUCCAGAAAACAGCCAACGGUUACCGCUGCCUGGCAGACAUCGUGGUGGCCACUCCUGGCCGCCUGGUGGACCACAUCGACCAGACUCCAGGAUUCCACCUGCAGCAGCUCCGCUUCCUGAUCAUUGAUGAGGCUGACCGGAUGAUUGACAGCAUGCACCAGUCCUGGUUGCCACGAGUGGUGGCAGCAGCCUUCCAGAGCAAGGGCCCUCUGGACCCCUGUGCCCUGCUCCAAAGAAGACAGCCCUCAGCUGUGACAGCUGCCAGCACCUGCUGUCCUCAGAUGCCACUGCAGAAGCUGCUUUUUUCAGCCACGCUGACCCAGGACCCUGAGAAGCUACAGCAGCUGGGGCUCCACCAGCCCCGGCUGUUCUCCACGAGCGUGGCCCGCAGGGGCCCUGAAGACGGGGAUGGGAACUCAAAUGGGAAGUACGCCUUCCCUGCAGGCCUCACGCACCACUAUGUGCCUUGCAGCCUCAGCUCCAAGCCGCUGGUCAUUCUGCACUUGGUCUUGAAGAUGAACUUCCCGAGGAUCCUCUGCUUUACCAACUCCCGAGAGAAUUCCCACAGGCUUUUCCUGCUCGUGCAAGCUUUUGGGGGUGUGAAUGUGGCUGAGUUCUCUUCCCGCUACGGGCCUGGCCAGAGGAAGACGAUUCUGAAGCAGUUCGAACAGGGGAAAAUCCAGCUCCUCAUCAGCACCGAUGCCACAGCGCGAGGCAUCGACGUGCAAGGCGUGGAGCUGGUGGUCAACUAUGAUGCUCCCCAGUAUCCGCGAACCUACGUGCACCGAGUUGGGAGGACUGCCCGAGCUGGACAGACUGGACAGGCCUUUACGCUGCUCCUCAAAGUGCAGGAGAGAAGGUUUCUGCGGAUGCUGAGUGAUGCCGGGACACCCAAGCUAGAGCGCCAUGAGCUCUCCCAUGAGCUGCUGCAGCCACUGGUCCUUCGGUAUGAGGAGGCCUUGUCCCAGCUGGAGAAGACUGUCAAGGAAGAACAGAAGCAGAAGGCAGCCUAGACUGGGCCUGGAGGACCACAAGGACUGAGCCUCUCCUGCGCGUUCUGCUAGGAUGGCAGUCGCUGCCUCUGUUCUCCUGGAGCAGCCCUGCACAGAGGGUGCUGUGUCUGAGAAGAGACUGGAAUUCCUUCGGUUUCUGAGGCAGCAGCCAGUGAACAUGGCCUUCUUCCCUGAGCACAUCAUCUCCUCUGUGCCCAGCAGCCUGGAAGUUGGGGCUCAGGCCUGGAGCGUGUUCUAGAAGAUGGGUCCCAGGCCCGAGGCAGCAGAGAUUUGGCUUGCAAGCAGGGUGACCUCUGAAAGUAAGGUGUAAAGUGUUAGUAACACUGAAAACUACCCUGGGACAGAUGGAAAUGGUACUUGUUUUUGGUUGAGGGUUGGGGAAUUGGCUACUUUAUAAAUCUAGGUCUUCUGGAAACGAGCACA